AUGUUCCGAAUCUAUGCUCUCCCCGUCCUCACUUGCCGCCGCUCCUUCUCUGAAAGAACCCAUUGCCGUCUCUACAGGCUCCUCUCAACCCAUCCGACCCCCAUUGAGCACACUCUCUCCCAUCCCAUUUACGUGAUAUGGGGAGCCAACACCGGGGUCGGUAAAACCCUUGUCUCCACAGGCCUCGCCGCCUCCUUCCUCUCUUCUUCUUCUCUGUCUAGCUCCAAAUUCAUCUACAUAAAGCCGGUCCAGACGGGCUUCCCCGCGGACUCUGACUCUGGCUUUGUCUACAGCAAAUUGUCAGAAAUCUUCGUCCACCGCAAACUCCAGCUCCCCAUAUUUGCCUCCAAUCACGUGAUCAAAGCAUCCGUUCCGGCCUCGGAAGCAGUAUUCCGUGGCGAAAUUGGAAAAUUGGAGGGUGGGUUUUGUGAUUUGGGCCGGUACGAGGAGACAAAGCUGCACAGAGAUGGGGGUGAAUCAUUGGUGUGUUCGGAAUUGGUUUGCAAGACCUUUUAUGGGUGGAGAGAAGCGGUUUCUCCCCACCUGGCGGCACAGAGGGAAGGCGCUGUGGUGGAGGAUUCAGAGUUGUUGGGGAUGCUGAAAAGUGGUUUGCGAAUUGGUCUCAAUGGAGGAUCUGAAGUUGGCCACAACACGGGGGUUUUGAGUGUUGUAGAAACUGCUGGUGGUGUUGCGAGUCCAGGACCGUCAGGUUCUCUUCAAUGCGACUUGUAUAGGUGGGUGAUAAAUUAA